UGGAAAUGGAGUAGCAGCAGUCUUGAACAGAGAGAGAGAGAGAGAGAGAGAAAUUUUUCUGUGAAAUUUUCUGUCAAUAAUAAUUUGCUUCCCUCCAAUCAUUUUCUCUCUGCCUCCUUCUCUGUUUUUUCUCCCCCUCCCCUCGCUCUCUCUUUCUCAGUUCGUCAUCUGUGAAUUUUUAAUUUACUCUUUUCGGGUUUUCUUUAGUUUCUGUCUCUAUUUUUCCGGCGAGAGAGGAGGAAGUAGAAGAGUAUAAGAAAGAAAUAUCUCUACUUCUACGAAACUCUCUCACUUCUCUCUUUUCUCUCUCUCUACCCAUCUAUCUACUUACUGCUGUAUAAAUACGACUUUGAUCAAAGACAAAAGCUUUAUUUUAAAUCCCCAAUUUUUCCUCUCUUAAUGGGCUCUUCUUUAACCACCCCUUCUCCUUCUCUAAAGUGAUUGACUAAAUGGAGCAAAAUUCAAAGAAUUCAUUAUUAGGUCAUUCUGAAGGUCCAUUAACUACUCCAUCGAUGAAUAUAUCCAGAAAGAUUGGAAGUGGUGCAUGGGAAACACCUCAUGGAACUGAUGGGUACCAUGCUUCAAGUGAUGCAAGCCUGUUUUCUAGCUCACUGCCAGUACUGCCACAUGAAAAGUUAAAUUUUGCUGAGUUGGAGCCCACUGGUCACUCUGUCGAUGAGAGCUCACCUAGCUUAAACAAAAUUGACUUAGAAAACGAAGAGAAGGAUCCACUUGAAGGUGUUGAACCAAAUGCAAUCUGGAACUUACUUCCUGAUGAUGAAGAUGAGCUUCUUGCUGGACUAAUGGACGAUUUUGACUUAAGUGGGUUACCUAAUCAGCUGGAGGAUUUGGAAGAUUAUGAUCUCUUUGGAAGUGGAGGAGGAAUGGAAAUGGACUUUGAACCCAAAGAGGGACUUAGCGUUGGUAUACCAAAGAUUAGCAUGUCUGAUGGGGUCGCUGCAAAUGGAAUUGGUCAUUAUGCCCUUUCCAAUGGCGUUGGAACAGUUAUAGGAGAGCAUCCUUUCGGAGAACAUCCCUCGAGGACUUUAUUUGUCCGGAAUAUCAAUAGUAAUGUGGAAGAUUCUGAAUUGAGAUCUCUAUUUGAGCAAUAUGGAGACAUCAGAACUUUAUACACUGCAUGUAAACAUAGAGGCUUUGUGAUGAUAUCUUACUAUGACAUUCGAGCUGCCCGCACUGCAAUGCGUGCAUUGCAGAAUAAGCCCUUAAGACGAAGGAAGUUGGACAUUCAUUUUUCAAUUCCCAAGGAUAACCCAUCAGAAAAGGAUAUAAAUCAAGGAACUCUUGUAGUUUUUAAUUUGGAUCCAUCAGUAUCAAAUGAUGACCUCCGUCAGAUAUUUGGUGCUUAUGGAGAGGUCAAGGAGAUUCGAGAAACGCCACACAAACGACACCAUAAGUUCAUAGAAUUCUACGAUGUUAGAGCUGCAGAGGCAGCUUUAAGAGCAUUAAAUAGAAGUGACAUAGCUGGGAAACGUAUAAAGCUUGAACCCAGCCGACCUGGAGGAGCCCGUCGAAACUUAAUGCAACAAUUAAGUCAAGAGUUGGAACGAGAUGAAGCUCAAGGUUUCAGGCAUCAAGUAGGUUCACCAGUGGCCAACUCUCCACCCGGAAGCUGGGCGCACUUUGGUAGUCCGGUUGAACAUAAUCCUUUGCAUGCUUAGCACUCUCCUGGUCAAGGAACUUUGAGCCCUGUAAGCAGCAAUAGUUUGCCUGGGUUAGCUUCAAUUCUUCCAUCUCAUCUAUCUAGUUCUCCAAAAAUCGCACCUAUUGGCAAGGAUCAAGGACGGACUAGCCAUGCUAGUGACAUACUUGUUAACAGCGGAUCAAUGCUUGGUGCAGCAUAUCAGCCAUCUCUCACUUUUAAUGAGCAAAAAUUAAAUGCUGGCUCCGGGCCCAUGUCUGCUUUUGCUGAAUCGAAUUCUAAGUCAUCAGGAAUUGGAACAUUAUCUGGCCCUCAGUUUCUCUGGGGAAGUCCCACUCCUUAUAAUGAGCGUGCCAGUUCUGCAUGGCCAACAUCAUCUGUGGGGCACUCAUUUUCGUCUGGAAGACAAGGUUUUCCAUAUUCCAGUCGGCAAGGUUCUUUCCUUGGUACACAUCAUGUUGGAUCGGCUCCCUCUGGUAUUCCUCUUGAUCGACGUUUUGGCUACUUCCCGGAGUCGCCAGAUACUUCCUUCAUGAGCCCUGUUGGAUUUGGGGGGAUGAGCCUAAAUCGUAACAAUGGAAGUUAUAUGAUGAAUAUUGGUCAUCAUGCUGCUAUAAGUUCCGGCAUCAGUCUUCCAGGAAAUGUGGCUGAAAAUGGUUCCCCUAGUUUUAGAAUGAUGUCAGUGCCAAGACAUGGUACUAUGUUCCCUGCAAAUGGUUCUUAUCCAGGACCAGGAACAUCCAGCAAUGAAGGAUUCAUGGAACGUGGUCGGACUCGGCGGGUCGAGAAUAGCAGUAAUCAGAUUGACAGCAAGAAGCAAUAUCAGCUUGAUUUGGAAAAAAUCAUUAGUGGUGAAGAUACUAGGACUACAUUAAUGAUUAAAAACAUCCCUAAUAAGUACACUUCAAAGAUGCUGCUGGCUGCUAUUGAUGAAAAUCACUGUGGUGCUUAUGAUUUUCUCUACUUGCCUAUUGAUUUUAAGAAUAAGUGCAAUGUGGGUUAUGCUUUUAUCAACAUGGUGUCUCCAUCGCACAUCAUUUCCUUUUACCAGGCUUUUAAUGGAAAAAAAUGGGAGAAAUUCAAUAGUGAGAAAGUUGCGUCAUUGGCAUAUGCACGGAUCCAGGGGAAGGCAGCUCUUGUGACUCACUUCCAGAAUUCAAGCCUGAUGAAUGAGGACAAGAGAUGCCGGCCUAUCCUCUUUCAUUCAGAAGGUGAAGGGGCUGGUGAUCAGGAACAUUUGCUAUCGGGAAAUUUGAACAUAUGCAUUCGACAACCAGAUGGGUCGUACUGUGGAGAUUCAUUGGAGAGCCCGAAGGGCAAUCCCGAUGACCGGGCAGAGAACGAUUAACGUGUGUGCGUUUUGUAAGUCCACUCUCAAUCUUUGAAUUAUAAUGGGAUUGGAGUUCUAACCGUGAUAUAGGUAAAUUUGAAGUGUAUAAAUGUGGAGGAGAGAGGUUGUUUGUGUUGUAGGUAGAUUUUGUGGUUAUGAGAAUAACUAUGAUAAAAAUGGUGCCGGGUUUUGGCUGGGACUAAAUGACAUACAUGGUCUUGUACAGAUACACUGUUUCUGUUUGUGAAGUUCCUUAUUCAUGUUACUGGUGAAGGAAAAUCUCCUUAAUGAAAAUAUUUGUCAUUGUCUUUUUGAUUUUCUAGUUAA